UGUCAGUUUUAUUAGUAGGGGCCCUCAUAACUAAUUCAAGGGAGAGCGAGAAAGAGAGGAAAGGGCAGGCAGAGGAGGAGGGAAAGAAAGGGCAACGGCUUUGUUGUUUAUUGCCAUUGUAGCACUGUUUCAGCUAUUUCUUCUCUCUUGUCUUUCCCUCUUCUUCUCCUCCUCCCAGGAGGGAGACCAAGCGAGAGAGAGAGAACGGAAAACGGUUUCAGUCAAAUCUUAUCCUCUUUGUUAGGCUGAUUCGUUUCUGUUCUUUCUCUGUUCGUUUGAAUGUGAGAUAAUUUGAAUCAUUUUGUCUUGCAUUUUGAUCAUUGAAUCAUUUCUCGCAGAUAUUUGAAUAUUGAAAUAGAGAUUUUUUUUUUGAGCGAGAACGGGAGAAGAAUUCCCUGCCAUUUUUUUGUAGGAGAGGAAUUGGUGAAUAUUGAUUUGAGAUUUUAGAGGAUUUUGGUUGUUUGUUUGCAAAGAAAAUGAGCAUAAGGGUACGAGAGGAAAGGAUGAGCAUGGGAUGGUCAUCAAUGAGUGGAGACGAGCUAAUGUUUGGGGAUUUACACGGAUCGAGCGGCCAAGACGAGAAAAUUUUUGUUUCUGUUAGAAUGAGGCCUUUGAACGAGAGAGAAAUAACGAGAAACGAUGUCUGCGAUUGGGAAUGCAUUAACAAUGCCACCAUUAUAUUCAAGAGCAACAUGCCUGAACGCUCCAUGUUCCCUACUGCCUAUACAUUUGAUAGAGUAUUUGGGAGUGAAAGCAACACAAAGCAGGUAUACGAGGAAGGAGCCAAAGAAAUUGCUCUUGCAGCAGUUAGUGGCAUUAACUCUAGUAUUUUUGCAUAUGGGCAAACAAGCAGUGGGAAGACCUAUACUAUGAGUGGAAUUACUGAAUAUGCAGUGGCAGAUAUAUUUGAAUACAUGAACCAGCACAAAGAAAGAGAAUUCGCAUUGAAAUUCUCGGCCAUGGAGAUUUACAAUGAAGCCGUCAGAGAUCUCCUUGGCACAGAUAGCACUCCGCUUCGAGUCCUAGAUGAUCCAGAGAAAGGUACGGUAGUCGAGAAGCUUAUAGAGGAGACUCUAAUAGAUUGGAACCACCUACAGGAGCUCCUUUCUAUAUGUGAAGCUCAAAGGCAAAUAGGAGAGACCUCUCUGAAUGAGAACAGCUCCAGAUCUCAUCAAAUUAUAAGACUGACAGUAGAAAGCUCUGGUCGUGAAUAUUCAGGUGCCGGAAAUUCAAGCACUCUCACAGCUACAGUGAAUUUUGUUGAUCUUGCGGGGAGCGAGCGUGCUUCUCAGACAUUGGCAGCUGGUGCAAGAUUAAAGGAAGGUUCCCACAUAAAUCGCAGUUUACUGACCCUGGGAACUGUAAUUCGCAAAUUGAGCAAGGGAAGAAAUGGACACAUACCUUACAGAGACUCUAAGCUAACACGCAUACUGCAUAAUUCCUUAGGAGGCAAUGCCAGAACUGCCAUGAUCUGCACUAUAAGCCCUGCACGCAGUCAUGUCGAGCAGUCAAGAAACACCCUCUGGUUUGCAAGUUGUGCUAAAGAGGUGGUUACUAAUGCACAGGUCAACGUAGUGAUGUCAGAUAAGGCAUUGGUAAAGCAAUUGCAAAAAGAACUAGCUAGGCUGGAGGGUCGGUUAAAGAGCAUGGGAUCAAUUUCUUUCUCAGGUGAUACUGAUGCAUUACUUAGAGAAAAGGAACUUCUGAUUGAACAGAUGGACAAAGAGAUCAAAGAAUUAACUUGGCAACGAGAUCUUGCUGAAUCUCAAGUUGAGAGUUUGCUAAGAUCAACUGGUGAAGAUCGAAGAUUAGAUGAAAAUUCAGCAUCAGAGUCCUCAGAAGUGAUCAAUCCUGUGGGUCUUUCAAAAAGCAACAUGGAUUUUGAUGAGGCCAGUGUGCUUACUCCUACCAGGAAAAUCCUACCGAUUCCAGAUCCUGAAGAAAAUUUUCUGCUGGAUAAUAGCACUCCAAAGUUUUUUGUGCCUGAACCAUUUCAUGGUUGGGAGAAUACUCAACGAAAUCACGAAGAAGCUGAAGAUAUCUGCAAGGAAGUUCAAUGCAUCGAAACAGGGGAAGAAAGUAUGAACAGGAAAACAGAAGGUGAUGUAUCGUUGGUUGGUUCUGAAGAACAAGACGAAAAGUUAGCCACAACAGCAGUGAGGAAUGAAGGUGCAGCACCAUCAACGCAGGAAGAAGAUAAAGAGUUGAACCAUGAUAAUUCAUAUAACUCUCAUGAUUCUCUGAAGCGAAAAAUUCAUGAAUUGUAUGAGACUAUCAGCCGUUUAGAACAAUCUUCUUCCAUUGAAGCAGGUGCGUCUAGUCCUAAAGGCUUGACAUGGACUAGAAGCAAAAGUAGGAGAACGGUUCUUAUGACUAUUCCAUCUGAUGUUUGGUAUGAAAAGGAAGAAGAGAAUGCGAACACACCUCAUACCGAGGAUUCCCUCGGAAGACCAGUAGACAUUGAGCAAAAGUUUCCUGAAUUAGAGUAUGAUGCCGAAACUAGAAAUAUGUCCAGGAAAGAUUCUCAAAAUUCCAUUAAUGUUUCUACUGAAGAAGAGAGCAUCAAAGAGAUAGAUGUAGAUGUAAAUGAUACUACGACUGUCCUUGAUUGUGUUGCAGGAGUGAACAAAUUGGCUAUAGCUCAGUCAGAGAUAUUUAGUGAUGUUCCGGUUGCGGAAGCAUCAACUAGGAUUGAUGACUCAAUGAACAGAGGCAAUGGUGCUUGGCAGCGUCAUAAUUGGCCCCAAAAAUUCCAAAGAUACCGGAGAAAAAUAAUUGAACUAUGGGUUAGAUGCAAUGUACCAUUGGUCCACAGAAGCUAUUUCUUUUUGCUCUUUAGAGGUGAUCCUUCAGACAAUGUGUACAUGGAGGUUGAGCUUAGAAGAUUGUACUUUCUGAAGGACAUGUCUGCCCGUGGAACUAACGAGAUGAUAAAUACUCAAAUCGUCUCACCAUCCUCAAGUUUGAAGGCUCUAAAUCGAGAAAGGGAUUUUUUAGCAAGGCAAUUACAGAAAAAGUUCACGAAAAGGGAGAGAGAGGAACUUUACCUCAGGUGGGGGAUUGACUUAGAGACAAAGCAGAGGAGCUUACAGUUGACACGCUGUUUAUGGACAGACACAAAAGACUUGAAACAUAUGAUUGAGAGUUCUGUGCUUGUUGCCAAGUUGGCUGGAUAUGUAGAGCCACGCUAUGCCCCUAAGGAGAUGUUUGGGCUUAGCUUCUUAACCCCGUCAUCAAGUAAGAAAUCCUCCAGCUGGAGAGACAACAUGUCUUCACUAUCCCUAUUAUGAGCUUGAGGGAGAUAGAAUAAGUUUUUCUUUGAUGGCUCUUCAUUGCACAGCUUUAUCAUGCAUAGUUGAAUGUUCGAGUUCUCUUCAUUGCAAAUUGAACAUCGCGCUUAUGAGCUGACCGUAGUUGCAGAUUUAUUUAUUUUAAUUCAUUGAUUCUGCUGCUUGAGGCAUUCUUUUUACAUCCUUCUCUCCAUAUAAAUAUAUGUUAUAUCUUCUCAUGGAAUGCUAAUAGAAGCUGAAGUGAAUAAUUAAUACAUUUCAGGCCA